ACAUCAGGACGAUAUCCUCUUCGUUUAUAUUUCCCGGUCGGUUAUUCAAUAAAAGUCAAUCUACUCUUCAAUCAUGAAACGUGUUAGUGCAUUGUUUCGUCCUGCUGUGAAAUCGUCCAUGAGCUCAGUCAGCCUCUUUUCAGAGGAUGCCGGUGUCGCCCCGGUGCUCAAAAUUCGACGAAGUGUAAGCCACAGCGUCAUCCAAAGCGUCAACCACUUUGACAAGGAGACCAAUCGUAAUAUUCUGAAGAAUCGCUUGACUGGAAGCGGCUCAGAGCUCUUCCGGGGCAGGAACAUUAGUGACGCUAACAAGUCCCGUGACGCUGCCCGCGGAAUGCCACACACCGAAAUGGCGACUGCAAAAGAUGAGCAGAAGACAACGGACUACCGAGAAUACGCCCGCUACCGCAACACGAUCCGUGAGGAGAACAUGUGGCGCGAUCCACGCCACCCAGAGACCAACUGGUUGAAGCCCCGCAGCGCUUCGGCCUACAAGCCGGAUUUUGCCAACACCGAGAACAAUAUCAUAAAGCAGAGAUUUAUGCGCAGCCCGGACGAGAAGUCAAAGCAUAUGCUGAACCACGACCUAACCCAGGCCGUGCAGAAGCUGCGCUUUAUCCCUAGCCCGGCUCCAAUGUCGGCCACAGCCCAAGUGGUACGCCAGGCCGCCGAGGCCUUCAAGUCCCUUCCCAAGGCCUUUGAGAACAAAACCCCGUCUGAAAAGGAAGAGUAGAGCCACAUAAAUUUAAAAAAAACUAGGAAUAAUUAAAUAUUGAAUGCAUCUUGAAA